GACAUCUGUUUUGCAAUUCUAUCGAUAUUGAUGCUUUCGUUUGUUUUUGGUUGAUUAUCUUUUGUCUAUAGAUUGAAUGCUGCCAUUAUGCCUGAAAGCUUUAUUUUUAAAUAUAUUCUUUCAAUAAGUGCUGCAACAGUGGCAGAAACAGUAACAUAUCCACUAGAUAUAACGAAAACAAGACUACAAAUUCAGGGCGAGGUAGCAUCAGCUGUUCCAUACAGGGGCGUAACAAAAACGCUUUGCGGCAUAGUUAGUGAAGAAGGGCCCUUUAAACUAUGGCAGGGAGUUACUCCAGCAAUCUACAGACAUAUAGUGUACACUGGUUGUCGCAUGGGAUUCUACGAAUAUGCUAGAGAUAAAAUAUUCGGAAAGAAUCAUGAUGGAACCUUUCCGCUAUGGAAGGCUGUACUUUGUGGAAUGUCAUCUGGAGCUUUAGCCCAAUUUAUCGCCAGUCCAACAGAUUUGGUUAAAGUUCAGAUGCAAAUGGAAGGUAAACGAAAAUUAGAUGGUUUACCGCAAAGAGUGAAGAACGUACCGGAUGCUUUCAGAAAUAUCUUGACAGAAAGUGGAAUUAAAGGUUUAUGGAAAGGAUGGCUACCUAACGUUCAGAGAGCUGCAUUAGUCAAUUUAGGAGAUCUAACAACAUACGAUACCGCCAAGCAUCAUAUACUAAAGCAUACGUCUUUAGGAGAUAAUCAUCUAACUCACGCCUUGAGUAGUGUUUGUUCAGGAUUUAUAGCAGCUACUCUUGGUACUCCUGCUGAUGUUGUAAAAACACGAAUGAUGAACCAAUCUACAAGCAAGUUAUAUUCUUCCUCCAUCCAUUGCUUUAUAUCAACCGCUCGCAACGAAGGAUUUAAGGCCUUUUACAAAGGAUUCAUUCCAACUUGGGCAAGAAUGGCUCCUUGGUCGUUAACUUUUUGGCUAACUUACGAAGAGAUACGACAUCUUAGCGGCGUCUUAUCAUUCUAG